CGCACACUCUCCAGGCAUAUAUCCAACAGUAUGUCUAUUUGGCUAACAAUAUGGCCAAACAAACUCGUGUAGCGCCGGGACCUGUGUUUCCAAACCUUCUUAAAAAAGAGAUAACAGUUAAACCGGGAGUUAUUGUGGACUCACCAAAGAUUGGACACAAAUUCGGGGAUGUGUUGAGGAAUCCGAAUAACACAUACCAUACGGGAAGUGAAGUGAAUGCAACCUUUGUUGGCGCCAACCCUCGCAAUAAUCCCAAACUGGACUCAACAUACCUGACCGUUGAGAGACAAAACGGUAACACAACGGCAUGGGAUGUGAUCGCCACCGAUGCCAACUGGGAGACCAAAUUUCAUUGGAGAAGAACUAACACUUUGUUAGGUAAUAGUGAAGUGGAUGUCAUUUGGGAUAUUCCGGCCAAUACUCCGAGUGGUAACUAUAGGAUCAGAUACUUUGGUGACCACAAGAAUAUAUUGGGAAAAAUUACACCAUUCAAUGCCACCACAAACACUUUCCAAGUGCUCUGA